UGCACAAUGGCGUUGUAUCUACUCUACGAAUCAUCUUCCGGGUAUGGCUUGUUUGAGGCACACGGCCUUGAUGAGAUUGGACAGAACACGGAGGCGGUUCGAAGCUCUGUUUCGGACCUAAGUCGGUUCGGACGAGUUGUCCAGCUCACUGCUUUCCACCCAUUUGAGUCUGCACUCGAUGCUCUCAAUCAAAUCAAUGCCGUCUCUGAAGGGUAUAUGACUGAUGAGCUGAGAAGCUUUCUGGAGUUAAAUCUUCCGAAAGUGAAAGAAGGAAAGACUCCCAAGUUUAGCUUAGGAGUGUCUGAGCCAAAGAUCGGCUCUUGCAUCUUUGAAGCCACAAAAAUUCCUUGCCAGAGCAAUGAGUUUGUUCACGAGCUUCUUAGAGGUGUGCGUCAGCACUUUGAUAGGUUCAUCAAGGACCUAAAGCCUGGUGAUUUGGAGAAAGCGCAACUUGGAUUAGCUCACAGCUACAGCAGAGCAAAAGUUAAGUUCAAUGUUAACCGUGUAGACAACAUGGUUAUUCAAGCCAUUUUCCUUCUCGACACUCUUGAUAAAGAUAUAAACUCCUUUGCCAUGAGAGUCAGAGAAUGUUACUCGUGGCACUUCCCUGAGCUAGUCAAGAUAGUCAAUGACAACUACCUUUAUGCACGAGUUUCAAAAGUUAUUGAAGACAAGUCAAAGUUGUCUGAAGACCACAUCCCUAUGCUUACUGAAAUCCUUGGGGAUGAAGAUAAGGCUAGAGAGGUUGUUGAAGCUGGGAAAGCAUCUAUGGGCCAGGAUUUAUCACCGUUGGAUUUGAUCAACGUCCAAAGCUUUGCUCAGAGAGUUAUGGACUUGGCUGAUUACAGAAAGAAGCUCUAUGAUUACCUUGUUGCUAAAAUGAGUGACAUUGCUCCCAAUUUAGCUGCCUUGAUAGGAGAGAUGGUUGGGGCAAGGUUGAUAUCACAUGCUGGAAGUCUGACAAAUCUUGCCAAGUGUCCAUCUUCUACUCUCCAGAUUCUUGGUGCUGAGAAAGCACUUUUCAGGGCGCUGAAGACACGUGGAAACACACCCAAGUAUGGUCUGAUAUUCCAGUCUUCAUUGAUAGGGCGUGCAUCUGCUAAAGACAAGGGACGUAUUGCUCGUUACCUCUCAAACAAGUGUUCAGUUGCUUCCCGGAUUGAUUGUUUCGCUGAUAGCAGCACUACAGCUUAUGGUGAGAAACUUAGGGAACAAGUGGAGGAACGACUAGAGUUUUAUGAUAAAGGUGCUGCCCCACGUAAGAAUGUGGAUGUAAUGAAAGAAGUGUUGGAAAGUCUUGAGAAGAAAGAUGAGGGAGAAGUAAAAGCAGUAGAGGUCUCAGAGAAGAAAAAGAAGAAAAAGAAGAAGAAGAAAAAUAAGUCACAAGAUGAUGAUGAAUAGACCACAUGCCAAUCUUUUUUUUCUUAUAUAGAUUUAACCAGUGGCGGAGCCACGUUAAAGGGACUAAAGGGACGGGGUCACUUGACCCCUAUGAAAUCUAUCAAAUUUAAGUUUUAUGCCUGUUUCCCAUGUAAUUGUUGUGGUGUAGUGGUUAAAAUGCCUCCUUUUGACCCCCCUACGUCAUGAGUUCAAACCUCUAACAUACCUUUUUAGCUAUAAUAAUUU